CUACGAAUCCCAAUUGACACCACCACACUCGCAAUCAAGAUGCCGCAGGAUAUGCCGCCCACUGGCGGCUACGGCCCCGUCCAGUACAAGCGCAACCUUCCCACCCGUGGCUUCAGGCCUGCCGUCUACCUCGUCGGAACCGCAGUACUUAUGACAUACGGAUUCUGGAGAGUCGGACAGGGAAUCAGGGAGCACAAUGAACUCGCCCGCGAGAAGAUGUGGGCGCGGAUACAUCUCAUCCCCGCGCUCCAAGCGGAGGAAGAUCGGGAUCAAGUACGACGAUACCUUGCGGACAAGGCGAGAGAGAAGGAGCUUUUGGGCACAGAGACGAAGGUCUACAACAGCGACCGAUUCGUCCGACCAACUUUCGCCGUAACACCCGAGAACGAGACGAAGUAAAGAUAAAAUGGCAUCGAAAAUCAUAUUGGCGUAAUUUUGUAUAUAGGAUUUGCGGCACUGCGCUGUUCCGCCUAUCAAUUUCGUGUACUAAGGGGAGAUCACUUCGAAUCAUACCAUUUCAAUUUCAUCUUCUGCUCAAAGAGGAAGCUCCUGGUUCACGUGAUAUUGUUGACAAUGUAUAGAGAUUCACUGGUAACACUAGUCGCUGGGUGGCCCGGCCAUUGGGGCCGACAUAGUUAUUGAGUUGAUUCACCCAUAACUAGCUUGAUUCACCCAAAGUUAGCUUGAUUCACCCACUACUUGGGAGAGUGAGGGGUGCAACUACCGCAUUGACGCUCCCCAAUAUCCGAUCAGCCACCUCAUCAUGUUCUUCUAUUCCUUAUUUAACGACCUGUC